AUGGAGUCCCUGUCCUAUGGGGAUCCUCUUCUGCAGUUGCUGGGGGGCCUGGUGCGGGGGUUUCCGGAGGAAGGCAUUCGCUCGCUGAUUGAGCAAGCGGUGUCAGAGUCAAAGGAGGCCAAGGAUGUAGAGGCGAUCAAAUCCCUCUUCGUCUUGACCUUUCAGACUCGGUGGUGCCGGGGAGGAAAGGGUGAAAGAGCCCUGUUUCUCGCCAUGAUGAGGAUCCUCCACGAGAAGUUUCCAGACGUUGUUGUCGAGCUUCUUGAGCUUGUGCCUUCCUUUGGCUACUGGAAAGAUCUGCUGUUUCUGCUUGAGCGUUGCAAAGCAGCAAGCAAGCAGAUCGGUUAUGAAAGACUGGCGGGCAAGGUUUGGUCCCUGUUCGCAGACCAAUUGCAAGCAGACCAUGAGGAGUUGGUCCUUGCAAAGAAGGAGGCGCGAGAGCCGAAACUUUCUCUCUGCGCAAAGUAUGCUCCUUCUGAAGGCCAUGCCUUUGACCGUCAGCUGCACGCUGUGCGCUGCAUCUGCGAAAAGAUGUACAAAGACAUCUUGAGCGGUACCAAGCAGCCAGAAAAAGCAGCACGGUAUGCUAAGGGCAAGUACCGCAAGCUUCUUGCCGAGCUGCGAAGAGCGCUCAAUGUCUGCGAGACAAAGAUGUGCGCCCAUGAGUGGGACAGCAUCGAUUUCAACAAGGUGCCCUCGCUGGCUGUGAAGCGCUACAGCAAAGCCUUCCUCAACGAG